AGGAAGUAGUGCUGUCAACGAGCUAGAUGGUAUGUUGCUGUUCCAAAUUAACAGGCGUAGAUUGUGCUGGCAUCAGUGUUUUCGUGCUCGCGGGUGAAGUUAUCUGAGGAACAUCAGAGAUACCUGGGCCAUGGCGUUCCGGAAGGCAGCAAAGCGGACAGCUCUCAUCGGGGGAGGGGUGCUGGCCACAUUCUACGGCCUUUCAGAGCUUUCAGCAUACAGGAAAAAACAGCCUAAAUGGGCCCGACUGGCGCAUGUGGAAGCAGUCGAACAGGUGAAAAUGCCCUACCGGGACGAGCUGCCAUCCAGACAGGCCCAGCUCUCCGCCCUGCAGAACACAGAGGAGUUUGACGUCCUGAUCGUCGGAGGAGGAGCCACGGGCUCAGGGUGUGCCUUAGACGCAGUCACACGGAAUCUCAAAACUGCCCUUGUGGAGAGAGACGAUUUCUCAUCCGGGACCAGCAGCCGAAGCACCAAGCUCAUUCAUGGGGGAGUCAGAUAUCUGCAGAAAGCCAUCAUGAAAUUAGAUUACGAACAGUACAUGAUGGUGAAAGAAGCACUCCAUGAGCGUUCAAACCUGCUGGCUAUCGCCCCCCACCUGUCUGCACCUCUGCCUAUCAUGCUUCCUGUAUACAAGUGGUGGCAGCUUCCUUACUACUGGGUUGGUAUAAAGAUGUACGACUUGGUGGCUGGGGGCCAGUGCCUAAAGAGCAGCUAUGUCCUCAGCAAGACAAAGGCCCUGGAGCUUUUCCCCAUGCUGAAGAAAGACAAACUGGUUGGGGCUAUUGUCUACUAUGAUGGACAGCACAACGACGCUCGAAUGAACCUCGCCAUCGCCCUCUCGGCUGCCAGGUACGGGGCUGCCAUAGCCAAUUACACUGAAGUGGUGCACCUCCUGAAGAGUACCGACCCCCAGACCGGGAAGGAAAGAGUCUGUGGAGCUCGCUGCAGGGAUGUAAUAACAGGGAAUGAAUUUGACGUCAGAGCCAAAUGUGUCAUCAAUGCCACGGGACCCUUCACCGACUCGCUGAGGAAGAUGGACAGUGAGAAGAACCCCAACAUCUGUCAGCCCAGUGCAGGGGUACACAUCGUAAUUCCGGGCUAUUACAGCCCUGAUAACAUGGGGCUCCUGGACCCGGCCACCAGUGACGGACGGGUCAUCUUCUUCCUGCCCUGGGAGAAGAUGACCAUUGCCGGAACGACAGACACGCCCACCAAUGUCACCGCCCACCCCAUCCCCAUGGAGGACGACAUCAACUUCAUCCUUACAGAGGUCCGCAACUAUCUGAGCCCUGACGUGGAAGUCAGGAGGGGGGACGUCCUGGCUGCCUGGAGUGGAAUCCGCCCCCUGGUCACCGACCCAAACUCCAAGGACACCCAGUCCAUCUGUCGAAAUCACAUCGUCAACAUCAGCGACAGCGGACUGGUCACUAUCGCCGGUGGGAAGUGGACAACCUACCGCUCCAUGGCUGAGGAGACGCUAGAUAAAGCGGUCCAGGUCCACAACCUGAAGGCGGGUCCCAGCAGGACCGUAGGGCUGAUGCUGGAGGGGGCCAAAGACUGGACCCCCACCAUGUAUAUCCGUCUGGUCCAGGACUACGGACUGGAGAUUGAGGUUGCCCAGCACCUGGCUUCCACGUAUGGAGGGCGGGCUUUCGAGGUGGCCAAGAUGGCGCACGUUACCGGGAAGAGGUGGCCUAUCGUUGGGAAACGGCUUGUAUCCGAAUUUCCCUACAUUGAGAGUGAGGUGCUGUACGCCAUAAAGGAGUACGCGUGCACGGCCAUCGACGUGAUCGCCCGGCGAACGCGGCUGGGCUUCCUGAACGUGCAGGCGGCGGACGAGGCGCUGCCCAGGAUCGUGGAGCUCAUGGGGAGGCAGCUGGGCUGGAGCGAGCAAAAGCAGAAGGAAGAACUGGACGGCGCUAAAAAGUUCCUGUAUUAUGAAAUGGGCUACAAGUCGCGGUCCGAGCAGCUGACCCACACGUCAGAGAUCACCCUGCCUCCCCCAGAGGUCGAGAGGUACAAGAAGAGGUUCCACAAAUUUGACAAAGAAAAUAAGGGCUUUAUCACCACUGUGGAUGUUCAGCAGGUAUUAGAGAGUAUUGGUGUCCAGAUUGAUGAAAACACACUCCACGAAAUUCUUAAUGAAGUCGACCUGAACAAAAACGGACAGGUUGAACUCGACGAAUUCUUGCAGCUCAUGAGCGCCGUGAGGAAGGGCCACGUGUCGGACAGCAGGCUGGCCAUGCUGAUGAAGACGGUGGAGGAGAGCCUGGAGCAGAGGGAGCCGGUGUCUGUGGACCGCAGCGGCGGUGGAGUGUGAGCCGUGCCUUUGCCGAAGCCUGCCCUACCUGCCGCUGUUCUACAAAGGAGAGACGCACCAAACUGAUCUGUCCUGCCAUACCUACCGCUGUUCUACAUAGGAGACAUGCACCACACUCGAUCUGUCCUGCCAUAAUCCCUGCUGCACAAAAUUCCGAUCUGUUCUGCCCCCACCCCCACCAAACUCCGAUAUGUCUGACUACAAUGUUCCUGUUCCUUCUCUAAACGCACACAUCUUGACUCUCCCUCCCCUGAUACGCACAAUUUUACACUGCGCAGUGGCUGCCCUGAGACAGAGCCCUCAGUUUGUUUUUCAGUUAUCCUGUCACUCCCUUUAUUUGGCACAUUUUUCUUAAUUAUUUUCUUAAGUUAAUCUUAAAGCCAUUUAGUAAAUGUCAUAUAUUUCUAUAUUUUAAAUAUUUAAGAUGUUUUACAUAUUUAUCCAGUAUGCACGUUAUAUAUAUAUUGUGUUAUAUGUAUGGGUGGUUGUUCUUGGGGACUUUUAAGCAAAUGCAUUUGAAUGUCAUGUAUGCAAUGCACAUUACAACAAAAAACUUAACAACUUUAUGUCUUUCUUCCUCAACUUGCUUUACUGAACUGGCUGUUUAAAAGCCACUGUGUACCGUACUACUGUGCCAUUUUUUACAUCUUGUGAUAUUUAAAGGGAAGCAAUCUUACUGUCGCUACUGUUUUUAUACAUGCGUGUACCUGGAAGCACUUUCAGGAGGUGGCUCUUACAUGCUGUAACGUUACUGCUCUGAUUCAGUGUGAGGCUUAGUUGAACAAUCGUUCCAGUUUUCAUUAUUUACAUGUAUUUGCUUGUAUUUGACCGUUUUUGAACGUCAAGGCACCAUUUUUAAAUGCAGAGUAUUUUUUUAUGAAUAGACCAAGUCAGUUAUUAAUCAAGCAUAAGUGAGCUGAAAUACGCAGAAAGCUUAGACAGUGACUGCAUGUGAUUGAUUGAUUGUUAUUUAAUUGUGCUAAAUCGAGUACAUCAUUGUAUUUGAUGCCGGCUUUUCAUUUCUCUGUCUGCAAACUUGGUGUUUUUAUUAUUAUUUAUGUCUUUGUGUGCUGGGUGAGUCGGGUGUGUUUACUGUAUGGAGCAGUGAGGAACUGUAUGUGCCUUGCUUUAAAUCCUUUAUGAACUGAAAGCAUGAAUCUACAUGACUGAUUAAACUACACACUCAGUGGCUUUGAAGCAUGCUGAAUUAUAUAACGUCUGUAUGUAAAACCAGCGUUGUCUCAUGCCGACUCUAAGCAAAGAUUUCAUAUGUUCACUUCUGGAUGACAGAUAGGCAGCUUUGUAUUUUCUAUUUUUUCAAAAUGUAAUGUCUUGUGGGUUGAAUACAUUUUCGUUCAGAUGCAGUUCACUUAACAACGUACAUCUACAUAAUGCAAAGAUAUACUAAUAUGCAUAUUUUUUGCAGCUUUGAUUGUCAGUACCUACACACUACUAACACAUUGGUCCAACUUCCAAAGCAGGUUGUGCUCAUGAAAAGCAUGUUAUAAGUGGGUUCAGUAUCAGAACGAUUUACCAUCUAUGAACUGAAGUAGGUGUUGAGCUGUUGUGCUUUCAGAAAAUGUAAAGCUUUAAAUAAAGGCUAACACUGAA